ACCUCUACAGAUUGAUGUCUUCCAUAAGGAUAAUGGACUGUCGGAUGGCUUGCUGCUGGGCUGCAGAGUUGUCCUCAAAGAGCGGCAGGUUGUCCUGGGGCUGAUGUCCAAAUGCAAUACCAUUUCCUCAAAAAUGUUCAAACAGGUCACUCAGGUGAUGGAGAGGGGCACAGGGGCCAUGAAACAGCCCAGUGUACUCAACAGCCAGCACCAGCUGAAACCAUAUCAGCUGAUUGGUCUAAAGUGGCUGCUUCUUCUGCAUGAGCACAAACUGAGUGGGAUCCUUGCUGAUGAAAUGGGUUUGGGAAAAACUAUCCAGGCUAUAGCAUUUCUGGCCCAGCUGUACCAGAAUGGAAUAGACGGUCCUCACCUCAUCACUGUGCCGGCCUCUACAUUAGAUAACUGGGUCAGAGAGCUGAAGCUGUGGUGCCCAAGCCUCAAAGUGCUAGUCUAUUGUGGAUCUGUGGAGGACCGCCGCUACCUCAAACACGACCUCCUCAGUGGAGAGGAUGAGUGCAACGUCAUUGUGACAACAUAUAACAUGGCCAUAGGAAAUGCCAACGACCGCAGCCUUUUCCGUAAGCUGCGUCUAAAGUAUGCUGUGUUUGAUGAAGGUCACAUGCUGAAGAACAUGAACUCUCUGCGCUACCGCCACCUUAUGGAGAUUAACGCUGAGCAUCGCUUGCUUCUGACAGGAACUCCUUUACAGAACAACCUCUUAGAGCUGAUGUCUCUCCUGAACUUCAUCAUGCCUUCCAUGUUCUCCAGCUCCACUACACAGCUCUCCAAAAUGUUUUCUAUGAAAUCCCAUGAGGAGCAGAGCCGCUUUGAGAGGGAUCGUAUUUCUCAGGCCAAACUCAUCAUGAAACCGUUUAUCCUCCGAAGAGUGAAGAGCGAGGUUCUGAAGCAGCUGCCAGCCAAGGAAGAGAGGGUAGUGUCCUGCCCGAUGAGUGAGAAACAGCAGCUUCUCUACCAGACCCUCGUGAAUAAACUCAAGGCUUCUGCCAAUGGAGAAAAACAUGAGUUGUGUAAUGUGAUGAUGCAGUUGAGGAAGAUGGCCAACCACCCUCUGCUUCAUAGACAGUACUACACCACAGAAAAGCUCAAAGCCAUGAGCAGACUCAUGCUCAAGGAGCCAACUCACUUUGAUGCAGAUGCUGUUCUGAUCCAGGAGGACAUGGAAGUGAUGUCAGACUUUGAGCUGCAUCGUCUGUGCCAGCAGUACUCCUCUAUCAGCUCCUACCAGCUUGAAAACAAUCUCCUGCUUGACUCUGGGAAAUUCCUCCUCCUCACAGAGCUGCUGGCCUCACUUAAAACCCAGGGAGACAGAGUGGUUUUAUUCAGUCAGUUCACCAUGAUGCUGGACAUUGUGGAGGUGCUGCUGAAACAUCUUAAGCAUCGUUACGUCCGACUGGAUGGAUCCACACCCAUAGCCAACAGGAUUGUGUUGAUUGAUGAGUUCAACACGGAUCCUGACAUAUUUGUGUUCCUGUUGUCAACACGUGCUGGUGGCCUGGGAAUCAACCUCACCUCAGCUAAUGUUGUCAUCCUUCAUGACAUCGACUUCAAUCCCUACAAUGACAAACAGGCAGAGGACAGGUGUCACCGCGUAGGCCAGACCAAGACUGUACAGGUGAUUAAGCUGAUCAGCAAAGACAGCAUAGAUGACUGCAUGCUGCAGCUGGGCCAGAAGAAACUAAAGCUGGAGCAGGACAUGACUACUGCUGAGGGUGGUGAUGAGGGGACCAUACCUGAAGAUAUGGCAUCUUUGCUCAAAGCCUCACUAGGACUGUGAUACACACAUACAACUUAGGACUUACAAAUACAUUUUUGAUAGCAAUCUUGUGAUUCUGGGCAGACUUGAGUGUUUCAACAGAACACACACACACACACCUACACACACCUACUGAAACCAUAUGCUGCCAUGAAAAAAAAGUCUGAUUUACUGUGUAGCACGUUAGCUGUGCCUAAAACACUAUUUUUUACAUGCACACAGUUUUUGCUAUACUUUGAUUAUGACAUCAGUACAUAAAGGUUAAACAUGAAAAUGUUGCCUUUUUGAAAUUGUAACUUGCUAUCCAAGGUUACUUUUGUAGAAACUUGAAAGUUGUGUUUGAAAUUUCAGACCAUACCGCCAGUAAUGCAGCAUGUGGUGGAGUACCCCAAGGUGCUUGUUUAGACAAAUGUGUUACAUAAACCAUGCAGUCUUAUAUUGUUGACAUUCUGAUAAAGGGACUGGAUGUUGGUAAGGAAAAUAUGCCUACUGGUUAUUAACACUUCUGUGAAAUAUUAAAGUUCUAGUACGGAAAAUGUGCAAAGAGAUUUGAGAAUGGUAGAUUUUUUUUAUUAUUAUUACAUAAUAUCCUUCCUACCUGACAGUGUUGGAUCUUGCCUACUUUACAUGCUCUUACUUGCCAGCUCUUAAAAAAGAAACUCUUGUUGCUGCUGUAUUCCACAGUAACAGCAGCAGAUAUGACAACUUGACAGAAAAUGUUGUUAUUCACAUUGAUCGUUUGAUAUCAUUCCCGAUCGAACCUUUUUUUGAAAAUUGUGGUUGCAUUAGAAAGUAAGCCAAGUAUCUGGAAAAUUCUCUUAAGUGUAAUGUGUCGAGGUUUGUCGUAUACCCUGUACAUUUUAAGGCAAUUAUCUUGGCAAAUGCAGGAGAUACAUGGUUGUGUCGGUGUUGUCGGUGAAUUUAGUACUUUUUUUUUUUUUUUCUAGUUUGUAAAAUUAGAAAACCCAAAAUGUCAAAUGGAAUGUUAAAUAAGAACAAUUGUUGAGUUGGUUUCUUUGCUGUUUCUACUCCUUUUUAAAUAUCUUGAGUUAAGCGACAGAGACGAUGGUUUAAUGCAGCAGCUGCAUUCCUGUACUGUUUAAGUGGCUAAUGUGUUGUAAGUGUACAUGUGUAAGUGAAAAGCUUUUGCUAAGUCAUUUGUAUGUUUAUAAGGUUCCUGUUUGAACUAAACAAUAAAAGUUGGAAUAAAA